AUGUCUGAUACAGAGAAGCCGCGUUCUUUGAAGAGAGUGAAACAUGUGAUUCUCAUCUUGUCCGGGAAGGGAGGAGUCGGAAAGUCGUCGGUGACAACCCAGAUAGCGUUGACGUUGGCCAGCGCCAACCUGAAAGUCGGUGUGCUCGACAUCGAUCUCACCGGACCGUCGUUGCCGCGCAUGUUUGGAAUCGAGGAGAGCAAGAUCCACCAGUCGGAGCAGGGCUGGAUCCCAGUCUACAGCCCGGCAUUCACGAACCAGCAGGAGCUGAAUUUGAAGCUCAUGUCGUUGGGGUUCUUGUUGAACAACCGAGGCGACUCGAUUGUCUGGCGUGGGCCGAAGAAGACGGGGAUGAUUCGCCAGUUCUUGCGUGACGUCGUGUGGGGCGAGCUCGACUACCUUCUAAUAGACACGCCGCCAGGUACCUCCGACGAGCACAUUGCGAUAGCGGAGGAGUUGAACAAGUGCCCCGAGCUUAUUGAUGGCGCAGUCAUCGUCACGACGCCGCAGCUUGUGUCUGUCAACGACGUGCGGAAGGAAAUCAACUUCUGCGAGAAAGCGAACUUCCGGGUGCUUGGAGUAGUGGAAAACAUGUCUGGGUUUGUGUGCCCGUACUGCGCGGAGUGCACGAACAUCUUCAGCAAAGGUGGUGGCGAGAAGUUGGCAUUGGACUUGAGCUUGCCCUUCUUGGGAGCCAUACCCAUUGACCCUGCGUUUGUAGAUCUGAUAGAGCGCCAGGGGGUCAUCAAAAGCGAAAAGGGCGAGACGUUGGUCGAGUUAUACCAACACUCCAACAUGUAUCCGUUGUUCAAGACUGUUGUGGAACAGAUCUUACAUUGA